ACGGAGAUAAACUGUCAUGGCGGCAUUGUCUGCAGACAGAGGUCCGCUUUUUAAAGUAAUCUUGUUGGGCGAAGCUGGGGUAGGAAAAACAGCGAUUUUUCACCGUUCCAAGGAUAAUAUAUUUGACGAGCGAAGGAAAACUACAGUGGGGAUCGACAGUUUUUCUCUCUACGUGAAGGUUGGCGAUCAACAAGUUACGGUAUGUAUUUAAAACAAUAGAUCAACAAGAUCGAUAGUGGUGCAUGAUGUAAUCAUACUGAGAAGGGAAAUAAUGGUCCACUUGCACUGUAGUUUUGCAGUUUUGAAAAAUGUCGCGUUAGUAGAUAAUAUUAAGUGCGAGAAUCCUAUAGUUAGUUUGUAAGAUUUACCGACACCUUAGCCUAUGACCAUCAGCUGAUUAGUAAUAAAAACAAAUGUGUCGGUUAAUUAAUUCUUUCUUAAUUCUAAUGUUUACAGGGAUAAUCUGACGUAUGGGUAAUUUAUUAGAAAGAUUAUAACGGUACCUAACUGGCUGUAAAUGACUAUGGUAUAUUUACAAUGAAGUCAUUCGAUUUCGUUUAUCACUGCUUUGAUUACAGACCGAAUUGGACUCCACUUAGUCCUAUUAUCGUUAUGUAUAACUAUCAUUAUUGGUCAACUGAGCUUGCCAAAAUCUAAAACUGUUCCAUGUUGUAAAAAAUUUGUGUUAAUUGUGGCUGAUUACUAUUAUUUUCAUGAGCAAAUGAAAGUUGAAACCUUUAAUUUUCUUUGAGCUUGUGUUAAAUAGUCUUAAAACAGGAAGAGGAACAUAUAUGUAUGUCAGUCAUGCUAAGAUAUUCUGCAGAAAUAUAAAGUGUUUUCCAAACCCAUCUGACUCACUGUAUGGAUUCAUAAAUAUUGUUCUCACUUUGUAUUUCAAACUUCACUGCGUACCAUAAGCACACAGUAAUGUGACUGUCAGUUUUAAUUAUGCCAUGGCAAUGAAAACAACUGCAACUUGGAGUGCUGAUAUGUACAAAGAACCUUGAGAAUAAUCCUUCUAAUCUGUCAUUCUUAUUUCUUUGUUCACAGCUUGGCGUCUGGGACACAGCUGGAGUGGAAAGAUUUCGGACGAUAACCAAUAACUAUUACCGUGGGUCUCAUGCAGCAAUUUUUGUGUACAGUGUGGACGAACCUUCAUCAUUACACUAUUUAGGCCACUGGAUACGGGAUCUGGAAGAAUAUUCUCCCAAUGCUAUUAAGAUACUUGUUGGCAAUAAAAAAGACCUUAACAGUCAGAUAUCUAAUGAAACAAUUGAGAUGUUUAACAAUGCAAAUGAUUGCAAACUUAACAUGCUCAUGUCAGCAAAGACAGGGGAAGGUAUUCAAGAUGCUUUUAAUGCCAUUGCCAAGCUGUUAGUACAAAAAGGAAUUGACAGAGACUCAUCAAACAAAGGUUUGGAGUUAGAGGCCCCUCAACCCAUGGUACGGCAGUGGAAAAAUGGUUGCUGUUCAUGAUAUUAGAGUCCUAGGCCUCGUUCACAUGUAUCAGUUUUCAUUUGAAAACACAACUUUUUCUUUACGAAUAUGUCUUUUAUCCACAUGUAUUUGAUGAAAAUGGAACUUUUGAAAAGUGCUUUCCAGAGUGGAACUUUUUGAAAAUGCUGCUUAAUUGCUUGUAUGUGUGGAAGGAAGAAAAUGGAACUUUUCGAAAAUGCUGACAUCACACUAUCAGUUCCAAUACACUCUGCACAAUAUUAUAAACUUAUUCAAGAUGGACGACAGGUGUUUCACUCUCUUGUCUCAUUACUUGGGCUUAUUUCUCACCAAAUUGCCUGUCUUCAAGCAAAGUUAUCUGAGAUGGCACCAAUUUUUUAUUUCACAGGCUCAUAACAGCAAAUUAUUAUGCCUGAGGGUUAUCAUUUAAAAGGUAUUAUUUUCAAGUUAGUUCAUCUUAUACAUGUGUAUGAUGCCAUGUGUGGGCACAAAUUGUUUUGAAAAUGAGAAAAACGUUGCAUUUCAAACAAUUACAGAUUAGUGUGGAUGGGGUUCUCCUAAUUAGAGACUAAUUAACUUUUUCUUCCUUUAACAAGAAGGCGCAUUACAAUGCAUGAAGCAUUCUCUGCAGUUGACAAAUUUUCUUCAACUGUAAGGAAACCAUAGAGUAUUUCUAUAUAGUAUAAAAUAGUAAAGAAUAGAAUGGAUAUAAGCCAAAAGGAGCACAGAUGAUUAAGGAUCCCCCAACAUUGCAAAGUUUAUUCUGAAACUGUAAACAUUUAAAAUAUUCAACUUAGAGAUGAGUUUUCUGAAGAGACUUUUGUCUCAACUUUUUCAUAAAUUGGUUUGUAACAGCCAUGACCAGCCUACUAGCCUUAUGCAACCUACUUUUGAAAUUUGUGUUAGAUUUAAAGCACACUCUUCCUGGUUUAGACAGUGUGCAUACAAGUCAAAGAAAUUACAGUAAAAGUUUGUCAGCAAGUUCUGUUCAGCACCAAUGUUUUUUUUUUUUUUGUGAUUUCUUUGGACUUGCAUAAUGGGUUUGCCUGGUACUGGGUCACCCUAAAAGGGAUUUCCCAUGGACUCAAAUUUUGUUGUUAAAUAAAAAGAUUUAAACUUAAAAUAGGCUGGUUCUGAAGCAUUUAAUAUGUAUUAUGCUUUAGCACAGCUCAUUCCUCUUUAGUACAACCAAAAUUUAUGUAAUUGCAACCAUGGAUGUCAAUGUUUGAUUGACUGGCCUAAUUUUUUUUCUUCUCUCACUAAAAAGCUCAUGUUGCUGACAAGAUUAUUUGUUAUUGUAGAGCUUUAAUUAUAGCAUAGGGUAACUGAACUACAACUCUUA